AUGGAUGUGGACACAAUUCAGGCUGCUGGGCGCUCUUCCGUCGGGGAAGAGCGUCGAGCAGUCUCUGUCCCACUUGAGCCAUCACGGCAGCCACAGUAUACCGUCGGUUACGUCUACGACCCCGUCAUGAUGUCCCAUUGGCGCCCUGGGCUUGACCACCCGGAGCAACCAGAACGUAUUUCCAGAAUUUAUCAAAUUAUCAAGGAUAAUAAACUCCUCAAUAAAAUGAAGAGGAUCCCGAUCAGACGCGUGAGACACGAAGAAGUCCUUCUCGUGCACAGCGCUGUCCACCUGGCCAAAGUGCUCGAGAUCAGCUCUUUUACCGAGGAGUAUAUUCUAGAGUCAGAUGCUUUCUACAACGAGCUGUCCCUCUAUGUUUCUCCUAAGACACCCCUGGCCGCGGAGCUAAGUGCCGGGGGUGUCAUCGAAGCAACUCUUGCCGUAGCAAGGAACGAAUUGAAGAAGACAUUUGCCAUCGUCCGUCCUCCAGGACACCACGCCGAGCCGGAGGAACACAUGGGCUUCUGCUUUUUCAACAAUGUGGCAAUCGCAGUACGGACAGUUCAACAGAUGACGAACAUAAGAAAGAUUCUCAUAUUGGACUGGGACGUGCACCAUGGCAAUGGGACUCAAAAGGCCUUUUACGACGACCCGUCCGUGCUGUACAUGUCUCUGCACCGCUACGAGGGUGGCCGUUUCUAUCCAUGCGGCCCUUUCGGAAGUAUGGAAAUGAGCGGCGAGGGGGAUGGUGUGGGAUACUCGGUGAAUAUUCCAUGGCCAGAAAAGGGCAUGAGGGACGCCGAUUACCUACAUGCCUUUUACCAUGUAGUCAUGCCAAUCGCAAGAGAGUUCGCCCCCGAGCUAGUAAUCAUCUCCGCUGGCUUCGAUGCAGCCGACGGAGACGAACUUGGCGAAUGUCACGUCUCACCGGCUGGAUAUGCACAUAUGACGCACAUGCUUUCGUCCUUAGCGGGCGGACGACUGGUCGUUGCUCUUGAGGGAGGGUAUAACCUUGACGCCAUAUCGAAUUCUGCGUUGGCAGUCGCACGGAUGAUCGUUGGCGAAGAGCCACCAGAACUUGCCCCGAUGGUCGCUUCAGAGACCGGCACGGAGACCGUGUAUCAGGUUGCUAAAGAGCAGAGUAAGUACUGGAAGAGCGUCGUGCCCAAAGCAGUGGAACCUCGCGAAGAACUGGAACCUCUCACCUUCUCGAUACCUGAAUUGUUAAAGGCGCAUCGGCAGGAUUAUAUGUACCGCCACCACAACAUGCUCCAGAUACCCCUAUUGACCCAGAACACGGAGGAGCGGUUUGGAACUCAAAUUAUGUGCACGCCCGACAUCAAUGACAACAAGACGAUGGUAAUAUUUCUGCAUGAAUUCGGGAAUAUUCAGGUAGAGUUCGACAGUAUUGUCAAGGGCACAUUGCAUGAGGAGCACUCAUACUUGGUUGAUUGCUCUAGACAAGUGGUUGACUGGGUCCGCGAAGAGGGGUACUCUCUGCUCGACGUCAACAUUCAUGCAAAGCCUGUAGAGGGCACUGAGAAGAAACGAGGAGCUCAGGCUCCAGCGGAGCAGGAGCUCAUCACAUACCUUUGGGAUAACUACGUUCUGCUGUCUAAGGCCAAGUGCCUCAUUCUCAUAGGGCAUGGCUCGGCCUGCCAGACGCUUAUGCUUCUGAUGAAUACCAGGCCGAAUAGUAUGAUGCGACGGACGCUAGCGAUCUUGCAAAUUGUUGGGAAUGGUCGGGUCCCUCUGACACCGAAGGACUCGAAGGAAGCAGUCGAGUUGAAAGCUUGGUAUGCCAAGCACUCCCUCGUCAUCAUUCCCAAAAACCACCGAUUGCUAUCUGAGAAGCCCCUCAAGAGGCAUGGAAGACUUUGGGUGAUAGAGGAAACAAAGCCAGUCAAACUUAUGAUGAAGGCAUUACCAGCUAUACAAAAAUACGUCAGACAAGCCAUGGCUGCUCUCCCGCGCGAUGAUGCCCUUGUCAAUGGCGAUAGCUGA